AUGUUGAAAUCUACUGUCUCGAAAACCUCUUUUAGAAUUUGUCGUUCUUUUCACAGAGAAUCUGUUCCUUACGAUAAGACCAUCAAAAAUCUGCUGCUUCCCAAGGACACUAAGGUGAUCUUUCAGGGAUUCACAGGUAAGCAAGGUACUUUUCAUGCCACUAUCUCUCAAGAGUACGGUACUAAUGUUGUCGGUGGUACGAACCCAAAGAAGGCGGGUCAAACGCACUUGGGCCAGCCCGUUUUUGCUUCUGUAAAGGACGCAAUCAAAGAAACUGGUGCUACUGCGAGUGCAAUUUUUGUUCCUCCACCAAUCGCCGCCGCUGCUAUCAAAGAAUCCAUUGAAGCUGAAAUUCCUUUGGCUGUAUGUAUCACAGAAGGUAUUCCUCAACAUGAUAUGCUAUAUAUCGCAGAAAUGUUGCAAGCACAGGAUAAAACGAGAUUAGUCGGGCCCAACUGUCCUGGGAUCAUCAACCCGGCGGCUAAGGUGAGGAUUGGUAUCCAACCUCCAAGAAUUUUCCAAGCUGGUAAGAUCGGUAUUAUUUCCAGAUCCGGAACUUUGACAUAUGAAGCCGUCCAACAAACCACGAAAACCAACCUUGGUCAAUCUCUCGUUAUCGGUAUGGGCGGUGAUGCGUUCCCUGGUACUGAUUUCAUUGAUGCUUUGAAAUUGUUUCUAGAAGAUGAAACCACAGAAGGUAUCAUCAUGCUGGGUGAAAUAGGUGGUAAAGCGGAAAUUGAAGCUGCCCAGUUUUUGAAAGAAUACAAUUUUAGCAAGAGUAAGCCAAUGCCCGUAGCAUCUUUUAUUGCCGGAACAGUUGCCGGUCAGAUGAAAGGUGUUAGGAUGGGACAUUCUGGCGCCAUUGUAGAGGGUUCCGGUACGGAUGCAGAAUCGAAAAAACAAGCUUUAAGAGACGUUGGGGUUGCUGUUGUGGAAUCUCCGGGUUACUUGGGUCAAGCUUUACUAGAUCAAUUUGCCAAAUUUAAAUGA